GAAAAUUAUUUCUACAAAUUGUAAAGGGUCACUUGUUUUAUUUUUUUUUUAAAUGUAUUUAUCUUAGUAAAAAGUAAAGAAAAGUGGUUUUUCUCAUAUUUAACCAUUUAUAUACCUGACCUAUAUAUACUUAACGAUGGUUCAGUUAAAGCAAGUAGUAUUUGCCAAGCAUAUAUCUAGAAAGUAUCUCCGCACAGGCUUCAGAGAUUCACUUCGAAUUUUUGUUCAAGGAGGUACAGGUGGAAAUGGUUUACCAAAAUUUGGGGGAGUUGGGGGCAAAGGAGGGAAUGUUAUUGUAGUAGGCAAGGAAAAUAUCACUUUAGAAAAUGUCUUCAAAUCAAAUAAGAUGAAACGAUAUAUAGCAAAAAACGGUAGACAUUCAUCUCACAAUUUUAUAUUGGGGACGCCAGGUGAAGACUUAAAGUUUGAAGUGCCAGUGGGUGUAACAUUAAUCACUGAUUUCGGAAAAAAAAUAGGUGAACUGAACGAAGAAGGUGAAGAACUCGUUAUAGCCAAGGGUGGCACUGGAGGUCAUCCAAAAAAUGGCUUUUUGGGCACCAAGGGUCAAGCUUAUCCAAUAAAAUUAGAUCUAAAACUAAUAGCCGAUAUAGGAUUGGUUGGUUUCCCAAAUGCCGGAAAAAGUACACUUUUGAAAGCAAUUUCACAAGCUAAACCAAAGAUCGCUAGUUACCCCUUCACCACAGUAAGGCCUAAUCUUGGGAUUCUCACAUACAGCGAUUUGAGACAAAUAUCAAUGGCCGAUUUACCUGGGCUUAUUGAAGGCGCUCACGCUAAUAAAGGUAUGGGGCACCAAUUUCUAAAACACGUAGAACGUACGAAAUUGAUUUUGAUGAUCAUUGAUAUUCACGGAUUUCAAUUGAGCCCGCAGUAUCCACACAGAAGUUGUUUGGAAACAAUUAUGUUACUGAUAAAGGAACUGGAACUGUAUAAUGAAGAUUUGCUUAACAAACCGUCCAUGCUUUUGAUAAACAAGAUGGACUCGGAAGGAUCCAUUGAAAAAUACAAGGAAAUCAAAGACCAAUUAACAAAUCUUAAAGGCUUCUUUGAAAAUUAUCCGGAAGAAAUGCGUCCGAAUAAAAUUUUAAAGUUCUGUGAUAUCAUCCCUAUGUCGGCUAAGGAAAGUACAGGGGAUGUGGAUCUUGUUAAGGACAGAUUGAGAAAACUGUUAGACGUUCUCGCUGAUCUUGAAGCGGAAGAAGAAGACAAAGAAAAGGCUGACUUGUACGGAAAAAUGAGAAAAAGCAUGGUAGAACGAGGCCCAUCACUUGUAUAAUUAAAUAUUAAGCUUUAAACAGAGCUACUGAUGUUUUCUUAAUAAAACAAUUAAAAAAAGGUACAUUUUCUAUUCAAUAAAAAUAAAACUA